UCUUUGCUAGAACGCGGGGAAAUUUGUUUCGAGCUAUACCCAGCCGGUUUCUUUUAUUCAUUUAUUUGUUAUUUAUGUUAUGUUUUAAAAGUUAUGGACAGAUAUGUGCUUGUUGUUCUAAUAAGUUUGGAACUGAAGGAAGAGAACGCCAUAAGCGGGAUUGAAGCUGCCAGACAGGUGUACGACAAAUUGAAAGAUAUAUCCAGGACUAACUGUUCAUCACAGAGUUCACCAUUUCCUGCUUGUUCUCUGAGUGGAACACCUGCUUCACAAAAGUGGUACUUUGCUAUUCAGGCGACUCAUGGCCCAGCACAGUUUUGCAGUUCAGAGUGGGAAGAGGUGUGUGCGCAGCGCAGUGACGGUGACGAGUCGCUGCCCUCAGCCGUGGAGAACUGUGCCAGCUUUCUGCAGCAGCAAGAGGAACAAACCCAUCCGUACGACUUCACAUCGCAUCCAGAUCUGUUCGAGGAGGCAGCCGAGGCCCUUCAUCAGUUAGCAGACAAACUUCCUCCUCCAGGAAAGUUCCUGUUUGAUGUGAUUCUGCUGUGUGAGGAUGAGGUGACCAUGAAAGACUUCCUGCCUGUGAUGGGCUCACUGAAGCACAUGCAAGCUUGGCACUCAGCACGGACGACUGUAGUUACAGAGCACAGUGCAGGAUGGCAACAUGCAGCCUCGUACCUGUCAGGCAGAAUGUGUCCUUUUUCUCUGGUGGAAGGUUGUAUCGAUGUCUCUGAGCUGUGGAGAGGGGGGCUGCUCAUCCGAGAGAAGAAGUUUGUCUCCGAGCUGCUGUUUGAGGGCUUCAGUCUGAAGUGGCAGAGCCAAGGCAGCUUGAGCAGCGUUCUCUACCCACACUCGGACCCCUGCUGCUUUAAUGACCGCAUGACUCAGCCUGAGGUCUUUCAUUAUUACCAGCCCGUUCUUGAGCUGAUCCAGUUGAUUCGGGUUACAGAUCUCCCAGUGAUCCUUCAAUCCAGCACUGAGUUUGAACUAGCCUUGUCCGGCAGAUCUGCUAAAGCUAAACUACUCUUGGACCAGCUCAGAGCUCUACGUGGUCAAGUUGGUGCUCUCUUCUCUCUGUCCUGUGUGGUGAGCUUUGAAGCCUUUCCUGCAGCCUCCCAGCUCAGCGCCUCCAAAUGGCGAGACUUUGUUGCUAAACGGCCGAAAGUCUUAUCUGCCCCUGCUGUUGAAGUAAAAGGAGAAAAAGGCCAUUAUCUCCUCUUGGUUCAGGGGGCAGAGAAUGGUGGUUGCAGAGCACGACUGAUACACUCAGCCAAUCAGAUCAAUGGUGCUGUUCCACUAGUAACGAUAGUAGGACUUACCCAGGAUAAAGUUCAGUCUUCCUCAGGGAUCCACACCUCUGAUUGGCUGCGCUCUCUACCCAGUCUCGGUGGCGACGACCUCUUGCGGAGGGAGAAGACGCUGGCCAGGGUGCAGCUCGGUGUCAUCCAGGAAUGUGCCCGGAGGAGAAAGGAAGCUCAAAAACCAGCAGCUGUGCCACUGAAUGACCUCAGGGUGCUUCUGAGUCUGGCCAGGGAGCAGUACCUCAAGAUGCAUAAUGCCACACUGUCCAGGUCAUCUACAUGUGCUCCAGUAGAAAAGAAGACCCACGGUGCUCCUGUCACAGCAGAUGCUAAGCGUGCUGCGCAGUCGGAGUGGCCUGAGAGAAGCGUCCUGCGCAACUAUGAAAACAUGCAGAAGAUACGGCACAGAAAUAGGUCGAACCUGUUUCAUUGUGGCUCCUCAGAUGGUCUUAUGGGACCUAAAGAUAAUCAGAGGAGCGGCUCGGCACUACUGGAUGCCAGAGAGCUUCUCAAGCACUUCACCUCUGAUGGGCUUCCCAGUGGAGAUCUGCAGCCGCUGUGUGUGCUUAGAGGGGACAACGCAUUCCAGCUCUCAUCUGAUCUCACUCCCAGAAAAGUCACCAAGCUCCCGUUCAGGCAGGCCGCCAGCACCCACUACCACGGCAUCGAGUUUUGUCUGGAUGAGCAGAAGGCGCUGGAGAGGGACCAGGGAUUCGUACGCCUGCAGUCACGUCUCAUCCGCUUCGAGACCCAGACCACGUGCUGUAAGGAGCCAUGCCCGGUACCACUGGCACUGAGCCCUAUGCCAAUGUCUGUACCCACGCCGUCACCCUCUGAACCUGGCAGUGUGCCCGACGGAGAGGCUCUGCACAGUGACCCACCGCAUCUCAAACGUCGCUCCUACGAAUCGGAUACUCUCACCCAGCCGCACAAGAGGAUGGCUAAGUGGGAGAGCGGUGAGUCUCAGGGUUCUCAGUGCGGUGCAGGUAGCGGUGCUCACCCAGCAGUGAGAGCUCUGAGACAGCAAGCGGCUCGAUCCUCCUCCACCUCGUCCUCCAGCUCAGACAGACACUCGGCUGCUGGAGCUAAAAGUUCCCGUGAGCCCUCACCCAGUCAGAAACCCGACCAGGGCCCUACUGAGUCACGCUCACAGAAACACAACCGGAUGUUGAAGGAGGUGGUUGCGAAGACACUGAGGCAGUACGGGAUCACCAGCCAACAUAAGUGCUUCAAGACCUGCAGUCAGAGGCUGUUUGAUGUGUCAAAGCUCUAUCUGAAGGACCUGAAAACGUCACGUGGGCUUCAUGAGGAAAUGAAAAAAGCUGCUGCUACAAAUGCCAAGCAGGUGAUUGACUGGGUCGUGGAAAAAUCCUCCAAAAAAUGAUAAAUAAUCCUCAUCAGGGGAAACAGAGAGCUGGUCCAGAGAGGAGCUUCUUUGCUUCAGUCACUGUAUCAGUAGUGUGUUGGUAAGGCAAGGAAUUUGUCAUUGUUCCUGUACUGAGUAUAGAAUGGAGAGGUGCUGGGGCAGGUAGUAACGUAGCUUGAUCAUUUAUUACUCCUGCUGUGGGAAGAGAUUAGGUUUAGGUUUAAGAUUAGACUUUAAGAAACCAAUGUCUCAGUCAAGCAGAAAAGAUUCAGAUCUGUGUUCUGUCUGUUACACACCACUGUCUUCAUGUUUUGUUUUAUAUGUGUUCUGUAUGAUGUGUUUGUAUUAAAGUGGUUAUUUUUACA